UCCCCUGCAGGUGGCCGCUGUCCUGGAUGACAGCUAUCCGGCGCCGAAACAUCGAUAGACAGUCAGACGAAAGCCAUGGCGGCCACGGGUGGAGGGAAAAUCAGAAGCAGGAGAUAUCACAUCGCUUCUAAACCUUACGCCAAGAGUAAACAGCAGUCAGGCCUCAUCAGUCGAGUGACGGACACGGUGAAGAGCAUCGUUCCUUCCUGGCUGCAGAAAUACUUCAAGAAUGGAGACCCUCCUGCAGGACAGACAGGACAAGGGACGGAGCAGAACUGUCAACCGUCACCUCCUCCUCCUACUCCUCCUAAUGGUAAUGAAGAGGGACCUCCUCCCAUUGAUGGGCGCGACUCCCCAGAGCCAAGCACCAGUAAUACAGAACCCUCGACCAGCCGAGCAUCCCUGAACUUUCAGGAGUAUGUGCUUUCUCGGCCUCCGCUGAGUCGUUCUCACCUCCACUUUACCUCGCUGGAUGCUUCCUCCCCUACAAUGGGGGCCUCCAGCAGCCUCUUCUCUCCACCCUCCACUUCUUCAGCCCCAGGCCCCUUCUCCACAGGCUUCUCUUUGGUCAAAGAAAUCAAGGACAACCUCUCGCAACACGAAGACGAUAACAUCUCCACCACGAGUGGGUUCUCCUCCCGUGCAUCCGACAAGGAUGUCCCAACUUCAAAAACCGCAUCACUUCCUCAGCUUUGGUCCCCAGAGAUGGACAGGACACACUCUGGACCUCAGCAGUCUCAGUCCAGUCUCAAAAAGCCUUCUUUCAACCUGUCUGUGUUUGGAAACUCCUCCAAUUCGACGUUAAACAGCACACUGCUGAACUCUAGCCAGCUCGGAGAUUCACCUUUCUACCCUGGGAAAACCACGUAUGGAGGAGCAGCUGCAGUCAGAAGCUCCCGCGGUCGUCCUGGCACUCCUUAUCAGGCGCCGGUGAGAAGACAGAUCAAGGCCAAGCCCGCCGGCGCUCAGCCCUGCGGCGUGACCAGCGCCACCGCCAGGCGCAUCCUGCAGUCUUUGGAGCGCAUGUCGAGCCCACUGGCUGAUGCAAAGAGAAUCCCAGCACCCACAGCAGGCUCGCCCAGUCGUUCUCCAUCGAUGGACGUCUUAAACCAAGAUGGUCCCCGUCACCAGGCGAAGAAGAAACGGAUGGACUCAAACCUCCCCCCAGUGCAGAAACUCGUGGUUCCAGCUCCAGCUUCUGUUUCAGGAAAUCGAUCCGUGUCUUUCAGGCCGACUUUGACGCCUGGAGGACUCACCCGAGCCCUGGACAGGACGCCAAGGGAAAAGACGCCCACAAGACAAUCACCACAGCUACCUGAAGCAACCCCAGGUCCAUCUCAAAGCACAAGGAGUUUCAGUGACCCGGUCUACCCUCUGUCCAGCACCCCUGCAGCCAGCAGCCUGAGCUCUGGAGGGGGCAAAAUCAGGAGAGAAAGGACCACAGCACGACCUUCCUCCAAACACACUGAAGAAGAUGAGGUGGCUGAAGCACCGGUCCUUCCAAGCAUUUCACUACCAAUCAACAAAUCAUCUUUGCCUACGUUCAGCUUCUCUCCAUCUUUACCACCUGCCACCUCUGCCAGCUCCGCCCCCAGCUUCACAUCCACUACCCCUGCGAAGGAGACGCUCACAAACAAGGAUCCACCAAAGGCCUCCACACCGCCCUGUGCACCUUUCACAUUUUCCUCUCCUAUUGUCAAGGCAACUGCAGCCAGCCCACCUUCUUACUCCCCUGCUGUUGGUUUCACCUUCAGUGCACCUGUAGCAAAGCUGGCGCCGUCCAUGUCAAACGGAAAGCUGACGGCGCCCACAGCAACAGCUGUGAAACCUAUAGCAAGCAAGAGCACAGAGGAAUUUGAAGGACCUUUCAAACCGGCCAAGACCUUGAAGCAGGGCAGCGUACUGGAUCUUCUCAAGUCACCUGGUUUUGCUUCUCCUGUUGUUCAAAACUCUCCUGGCACCAACACCGCCUGCCAGCAGCCACCCGCCCAACCCACAACCACUCCUUCGCCUGGCACAAGCUUCUCCUCUUCGCUACCUUCGCCAUCAGGGUUUGGUGGUCUGUCCGGUGCCUCGGCGGGCUGGAGCUGCGACGUGUGUCUGGUUGAGAACAAGCAAUCGGAAGUAAAGUGCGUUUGCUGUCGGGCCCCAAAGCCGAACUCCUCACCAAAAUCGGCGGAGAGCAAAAAAACUCCUGCCCAGAGCAGCAGCACAAGCACCGCCUCUGCCUCCACGACGACAGGAUUCAGCCCGAUCUUCUCCAAGCCUGCAGGAACCUGGGAGUGCGACACGUGUCUGGUCUCGAACAAACCUGACGCAGUGAAGUGCGUGGCCUGCGAAACGGCCAAACCCGGGACUGGACUCAAACCGUCGCUCACUUUCCCCCCCAACUUCUCAGCUGCUAAGACUGCAUCCACACCCUCAGACCCAGUUUCCACAGGGAUCAGUGGGUUUGGAGACAAGUUCAAAAAAUCAGAGGGUGCGUGGGAUUGUGAAACAUGUUUGGUACAAAACAAGGCUGAGGACACAAAGUGUGUGGCCUGCAUGGCUUCUAAACCAGGAGCUUCGGCAGCUGUAUCUUCAGCAGCCAGCAGUGCCCCAACGUUUGCUCUGUUGGAGCAGUUCAAGACACCAGAAGGAUCAUGGGAAUGUGACACCUGCAUGGUUCAGAACAAAGCUGCUGAUGUUAAAUGUGUUGCUUGUCAGACAACCAAACCAGGAGCUACAGUGGAACCUAAAGGUAAAGGCAAGACGUUUUAUCGUUGAAUGUUUAAUAUCUAA